GUGAAAGCCCGUUGAUUUAAUGUUAAUAAAAGUGGUGGGUUAUUAAGCACAGCAAGUUUCAAAGCCCAAUUUUAUGUGAAUCCAAACAAGAGACCCAAAUGUUUCAUGGGCGUGUUUGACAUCUAACGAGUGCAACUUUGGUUGGCGACGAGCAGAUGCGUCGGUGUCUUCAAUCUUCAGCUCUGAAGCAACUAACAAAAUCACAUUCAUUCAUUGAGUUGUAAUAAGAUGGAUUCAAUAUGUGCACUGCAAUGCAUGGAUGGAUAGAGAUAGUGGGAAGGCAUCAAUGACUUGAUGAUUCUGUUAUUGGUAUCAUAAUAAAUUAUCAUGGCUGGGUUGGAGGAGCUAAAAAAGAAGCUUACACCAUUGUUUGAUUCUGAAAAAGGCUUCUCAUCCGGUUCGACCUUGGACCCUAGUGAUUCUUAUGUGCUUUCAGAUGGUGGAACCGUAAACUUACUAAGCAGAUCAUAUGGAGUGUACAACAUAAAUGAGCUGGGAUUGCAAAAAUGCACUACUUCACCUGAAGAUGAAACAGACCAUAGCGAAAAGACAUAUCGAUGUGCCUCUCGUGAAAUGAGGAUUUUUGGAGCAAUAGGCAGUGGCGCUAGCAGUGUUGUUCAGAGAGCUCUCCAUAUUCCUAUGCACAGAAUUCUUGCCUUGAAGAAAAUUAAUAUUUUUGAAAAGGAGAAAAGACAACAGCUUCUUACUGAAAUACGGACGCUUUGCGAGGCACCUUGUUAUGAAGGUCUUGUGGAAUUCCAUGGAGCAUUUUAUACUCCUGAUUCUGGGCAGAUAAGCAUAGCUUUAGAAUACAUGGAUGGAGGAUCACUGGCUGAUAUUUUACGAUUGCGGAAAAGAAUACCAGAACCAGUGCUUUCACACAUGUUUCAAAAGCUUCUAAUUGGACUAAGCUACUUGCAUGGGGUUAGGCACUUAGUUCACAGAGAUAUCAAACCAGCAAAUCUGCUCGUGAAUCUCAAAGGGAAACCAAAAAUAACAGAUUUUGGGAUAAGUGCUGGCCUAGAAAAUUCUGUGGCAAUGUGUGCUACUUUUGUUGGAACUGUAACAUACAUGUCACCUGAGCGGAUUCAGAAUCAUAGCUAUUCGUAUCCAGCUGAUAUUUGGAGCCUAGGUCUUGCUCUCUUUGAGUGUGGAACAGGGGAAUUCCCAUACACGGCUAAUGAAGGACUUGUCAGUCUUAUGUUACAGAUCUUGGAAGAACCUUCACCAUCACCAUCCAAAAACAAUUUUUCUCCAGAGUUCUGCUCAUUUAUUGAUGCUUGCCUGCAGAAGGAUCCAGAUACUAGACCAACAGCAGAGCAGCUUCUUUCAUACCCAUUUAUUACAAAGUAUGCGCACACUGAUGUUGACCUAGCAGCAUUUGUCCAGAGCGUGUUUGAUCCAACUCAGAGGAUGAAGGAUUUGGCUGAUAUGCUGACAAUACACUAUUACUUACUUUUUGAUGGGCCUGAAGAACUUUGGCAGCACACAAAGGCCUUCUAUAAUGAAGGCUCGAUAUUUAGUUUCUCCGGGAAAGAAUCUGUCGGUUCAAAUGAUAUAUUUGCAACCUUGACCAACAUUCGGAGUACAUUAGCAGGUGACUGGCCUCCUGAAAGACUUGUUCAUGUUGUGGAAAAAUUACAGUGCCGCGCUCAUGGUGAAGAUGCAGUUGCAAUCCGCGUUUCAGGAUCCUUUGUAAUUGGAAAUCAGUUUCUCAUAUGCGGAGAUGGUGUGCAAUGUGAGGGAUUGCCAAAUUUUAAGGAUCUCUCGAUUGACAUCCCCAGCAAGCGAAUGGGUACAUUUAAGGAACAGUUUAUCAUGGAGCCUGGAAAUGUGAUUGGGCGUUACUUCAUAGCUAAACAAGAACUUUACAUUAUUGUUGUGUUUACAGAAGUAUGUAUUCAUAGUUCUUGAAAGUAUCCGUGCUUUAUGUUCCUCCAUUUACCUUGUUGCCCUGGCACUAAGCUAUUCUUGUACCUUAUAGCUGUAACUUAAAACUGCAUUCGUGACAGAUAUGAAACCAUUUCUUCAUCUGCAAGAGCUCAAGGUAAUAACUUAUCUGCUCCCCUCCGUCCAUGUAUGAGCACAUUUUAUGAUCAAAUAGGUUAUAAAUGCAACUUAAUCCGAUUGCUUACA